GUUAGGACAUGUGUUACGUAUGCCUCCUUCCUCGACGGGCGAUGUUAGCUGACAUAGGGUCAGGUUGGAAAAGAGCUAGUGGUGGUCAAACUAAAACAUGGCUUCAUCAGUCAAUGAAAUGCACAACAGUUAGUUUAAGCCACGUAGGAAGAUAUAGACUUCUUGGUUGGGGUCCUCGGGACGGUAAACACCAAUGUAGGCUGGAGACAAUUGAUGAUAUAGCUCAAAAUCUCAGUUCUCAAUGGGUGGUGCAGAUGCAUUCACACUCCUUGUCACCUAUAAUAUCCAACAAAACUAUAUGGUUCUUCCAUAUUACUAUUCUUUUUGCCUCAUAUCUGUGUUUACUGUCUCUAUUAUGCAUUUCUUUUUGCUUCCUUCUUUUGCUUUUUGUGCUAAGUGUAGUGUGACGACGCGAACUGCUGCACAUCGGUGCAGAGUUCUAUGUUGAAAUCAGUCAGUCAGUCACUACUUUCAUCUGAUGGUGCGCUAGGAUUUUAGUACGUUCGCUUGCCUGAAUCACCAAUCUCUAGCCUGGCCCCUCGACUUACACACAACUCAAUGUUAUCUUGAUGUAGUAUGUU